CCGGAAAACCCCGCGCGGAAGCAUAAAAAUGAGAAAUCGGCUGGAAUGAACGUUCAGAGAGAGUCCGAGCAGCUGCACAGCGGACACGCACCGACACACGGACACCCACGGACCCGCAGACAUGAACGCGUUCACAGUUGUUGCCCUGCUGCACUGCUUCCUGUUAGCAGCACUGGUCCAAUCGGCUCCCGUCAGCUUGCCGUCCAACCCGUCGCAGACAUUCAAAGAGGCGGUCGAGCGAGUGAUGAGGCUGGUGGAGAAAAUCCGGAAAGACGUCCGCUCCGUGCACGGCAGCAUCAUCAACAUCGAUGGUUUGACCCUCGACCCCUCCAGUCAGACCGGACAGCUGGAGAUGAUGAGGAUAACGCUGGGAAUCCCCGACACCCCCGUCCUCAAAGAGCUGUCCGAACAGUUCACAGCGGACAUGUGUGUGAGCCGUAUGCUGGCGGGCGGGCGGCUGUACCAGGGGCUGCUGGUAGAUUUGUCUGGCAGACUGGGGGGACUGGAGGCCCUGAGUGCCGAACUGAGAGACCUGGUGACCCACAUCAACCAGAUGAAGGACACGGCUCAGCUGAGCAGCGACUCUUCAGAUCAGAGCAGCCUGGACUUGACUUUGAAUCUCCAUGGCAACUACGACGUCCAGGUGGCGGCCCACCUGACGCUGUGCCAGCUGCUCGAGUUCUGUCACGACCUGAUCCGCAGCCUCAGAAACAUGGCCGAAACACAGAUGGCUCGUGGGACGCGCUAAGCCCCGCCCACUGCAGGAUCAGAGCUGCUAGCACGAUUCAGGGGAGAAACUUUAUCGAUGGUGGAGUUGUUGACACUGUUUGUCUCAUCACCAUCACCUCCUGAUGAGCGCCCGCCUCCGUGAUGCAGCAGGACUAAAGACUGAUAGAUGACAGACAGGAAGUUUAUUCCUCGUUUUCAGCAGCUGGAGGAUCAGCCAACAACGUUUUAUUGUGAAGGCGGCCCGUUGGAGCUCCGUUUCCUGCUUUGUGUGUCACAGCACGUCGAGGCGCUCUAUCGUCCUGGGAUCAGCUGGGAACACACAGCAGGAAUGUGAUGAAUGUGUGCCCGAUCGUUCGGGCGAAGAAGAAGAAGGAGCCGGCUGCAGGUCCAAACCUGCUUCACGCCUGAGGUUAUUCUCACGCUUCUCUGCAGCUUUUCUACCUGCAGACGCUGGAGAAGGAAAAAACAGCUUCAUCAUCUGAACCCGAACUCCACAGCUGAUCGACUUCUGUCCUGUUUCACAGUUUGAAUCAGCUUCAGUGAAACAUCUGGAGCCUUCACCACAAACUCUCAGGUCCACUUUUUUACUUUUCACUGUACAGAAAACAAUCGAAUCAAGUUUGAAAACGUGUCUUAAUGAGGUCACUUCCUGCUGUUCUUACUUUAGAGUAAACGCUCCUUCAGUUGAACCUGAUGGUACAGCUUUUAUUUUGAAGCCGCAGCAGGAAAUGGCCUCAUCCUGGCAACAGAAUGUCAUAAUGUUGUCAUGUUUUUAUUCAUAAAUAUUUAUUAUUUUUUAUUUAAUUGUUUUUUUCAAAAACAAUAUUUUGUUCUUUGUGUUUAUUUAUCAUCUCUUUAUUUAUUGAUUAUAUUUAUUGACUAUUUAUUGUUUUUGUAUUUAGACUUCCUGUUUGUGUUAUCAGUGUUAACUCUGAAAACUGUUUUUACUGAUAUUUUUUUUCAAGGACAUUUUUUAACCUGCUGAUUUUUGUGAUUCGCUUCAUUUCUUGACGCUUUUGUUUUUACUCGAUGAGGUUUUUUUUUUUAUUGUUUAUGUUUGAGAACUAAAUAUAAUAUUCUUAACUGCAGAGGAGAAGGAGGAGGAGAAGGGUCUGAAGUCUUUGUGUUUCC